AUGUCAGCAUCAGGAAUACCAACUUCGAUUGAACCUCCAAAACCAACUGGAUUAGUCAUGCAGAUCAUCGUGAGACGUGACCUGUUAGCAAUACAUGAAUGGCCUAUAGGACCUUUAUUGGCUCAAUCAGCUCAUGCAGCGACUGCUGUUCUACACAAGUAUAAAGUUCAUCCGGAUGUCAUGAAAUAUCUAGAAGGGGAAGACGGAAGAGGCUGGGAAGGGAUGAGAAAGGUCGUGAUGGAGGUCCCUGAUGAAGACGCUCUGCGAAUGGUAGCAAGUAAGAUUGAUCAAUUGAACAAUCCUAUACCUUAUCAUAUCUGGAUUGAACAACCUGAAAAUACCCCAACGGCAUUAGCUUUGAUACCGAAUAAACGAACAAAACAACUGAAGAAAAUCCUAGAUGAGCAUUGUGUUCUGUUCCAAUGA